AUGGAGUCGCUGAGCGAGACGACCUGGGACGUGAUCAUCUGCGGCACAGGCCUGCAGCAGUCGCUCCUGGCAUUAGCACUCUCCCGAUCAGACAAGAAGAUCCUCCACAUAGACCCCAAUGAGUACUACGGUGGACCAGAAGCGGCCUUCAGCCUCCAGGAAGCCGAUGCUUGGGCCUCAGAGAUUGCCAAAGCACCUUCGUCUUCGGUCUUCACAGCUGCCGCCGUGACCAAGCCAGAAGAAGUCCCAGACUCGAGCAUCAAGCUCUCCUUCCCGCGCGCCUACGCCCUCUCCCUCUCACCCCACAUCGUCCACGCGAACUCCAAGCUCCUCUCCCAACUGGUCUCCUCCCGAUGCUAUCGGCAGCUGGAGUUCCUGGCUGUCGGCUGCUUCUUCAUAUUCAAGCCAGCCUCUGAUCCAGACGGAACGCCGACGCUAGCACGGAUACCCUCCACCCGCGAGGAUGUCUUCUCAUCCACAGACCUCUCCGCUCGGGUGAAGCGACAGCUCAUGAAGUUUCUGAAGCUCGUCCUGUCAUAUGAGGAAGAGACCACACUCCCGCAGUGGCAGGAGUAUGCCGACAGGCCACUCGCUGAACUGUUGUCGGAGAAGAUGGGCUUGGACGAGGGCUUGCGAACGUACAUCACCACCUUGACGCUGUCGCUCGACGGGCGCAUCAGUACCAAGGAUGGGUUGGCGACGAUCCAUCGGCACCUGACGUCGAUGGGCCUGUUCGGGCCUGGCUUUGCUGCUGUCUACCCCAAGUGGGGUGGAGGCUCUGAGAUCGCCCAGGUCGGGUGCCGGGCCGGUGCGGUAGGCGGCGGUAUCUACAUGCUCGGCACAGGCAUUAAGGAGCUCAAAGGUGAUGGCACAGAUGGUGGAGAGAUUGAGCUCGAGCUCUCAGAGGGCACAGUCGUCAAGACAAAGAUGCUAUUCAGAGGGCCUGAUGACGUACCCGCUGGCAAUGGUACCAAGGUCAGCAGACUGGUUGCGAUUGUUGGAUCGCCCCUUGGUUCACUGUUCGAAACGACAAUAGAGGGAGCCCCUACUCCCGCAGUGGCGGUCAUUGCCUUGCCGCCCAAGUCGGUGAAGAGCAGCGGGGGAGUUGAGUCAACGUACCCGAUUUACGCCAUCGCACAUUCGAGUGACACCGGCGAAUGCCCAACUGGACAAAGCAUACUCUAUCUCAGCACCAUCCACACUCCAGAGUCCAAGUCUCUUCUCGAAGCCAGUGUUGACUUGCUGCUGGCUUCCCUCUGCUCCGAGGGCUCCUCAAAGCCGCAAGUGCUAUACCAACUCUACUACGAGCAACAGUCCGCCAAUGCCAACUCUCUUGCAGGCGAGCAGCGCAUUUUCGAUUUCCCGCCGUCGCCCGUGUCCCUCGCACUUGAAGACUCGAUGCUGGACCCCGUCCACCAGGCUUGGAUCAAAGCCAUGGGAGGCCAAGUGUCAGAGGAGACACUGGCGGAGUAUAUGAUCUUCACAGACAGAGAGGGAGCUGGCGAUGACGACGAUUACGAAUGA